CGGCCCGGCCCCAGUCGGCCGGUCACUCGGCCAGUCGCCGCCACCCGACGCUCCGCGAUGGCGCCUCUCCGCGCUCUGCUGACGGCCGCGCUGGUGGCCGCUGCCGCCGCUGCACCCUCGGAGGGCGGCGCACAGGGUCGCUACUUCCCCGGCCUGCCGACCCCGCUGGCGCCUUUCAUCGACUUCUAUGAGACGCACAUCGAGCCGGAGGACUUUGUGGUGCUGCGCGGGGUGUCUGGCACACUGGCCUUCGUCACGUUUGCGUUUCUGAUGCUGGCGGCCAACAUGGGCCUGCUGCCCCUGAACCCGGCCCAGCUGCGAGAGGACGACUUCGGCAAGUUCAAGCCGUUCGCCCCAGAGCACGUCAACAACGCCAUCUCUUACGACGAGGCUCGGUCCAUCAGCAACUUGAUUGACGAGGAGCCGCUGACGACGCGCCUUCCGAGCUGCGUGCCGCUGCUGCUCUGCUCCCUGGAGGUCCACGGCUGGACGCUGCCGCUGCAGUCCUCAGACAGUCUGCUGCAGAGGUGGAGGCGGCCGGAGCCGGAGGAGACCGACCCGCAGCGUCCGGCAGCAGCGUCCGGCGACCCGUGCCGCCGGUUCCGGGCAGUGUGUGCCGUGCCGCUGCUCUCCGACCAGCUCUGAACCCGCCGAGCAGACAGCGCAGCCAUACAGCCACAGCCACAGCGCAGCCAUAUAUCUUAGCCGUACAGUAAACACCCGGCCAUGCAGCGCAUCCAUACAUACAGUAACAGCCACAGCUCAGCCAUACAUGCCAGCCAUACAAGUUAGCCAUGCAGGCUAACUUGUAUGGCCAAGUUAUACAGUUACAGCCACAGCACAGUCACAUAGAACAGUCACAGCCGGCAGCCCACACAUACAGUAGCACCACAGCCCAGCCACAGUUCAAGCACAGUUCAGCCACAGCCCAGCCACAGUGCAACCACAGUUUAGCCACAGCCUAGCCCGCAUGCUACCGAUUGCCAACUGUCAAAUAGUUCGUGGUACAAACUAGUGUCAUCUGCACCAAACCAGUCAUACCAUUGGGAUUUGACCAAAACCUGUCAUCACGCACAAAUAAGCUCCAAGUUAGGCCAAGUCGUAGCGCUAACUGCAGUGAACACAGCUGCAGUCGACUUUAACCUAUUGCUAUGCCAAUGUCAUCUUAUUCGAGCAUGUUCAGCGAGCCGAGCGCUAGGAUGCGAGCCGCUGCUUUGGCGCGGUAUGUGUAGGCUGUUGCUCGAUGUAGGAAUUGUGAAUGUGAUGUGGCACGUGAUUUCUUAGAUUCAGCACGAUUAUUUUAGAUGUACUGCGAAUCAAGCAACUCAAGUUUUCCUAUAAGUGUUUUAAAAAAUGUUCUGGUGGAACUGAAUGGUGUCAUUGAGAAAGUCCUGUUCGUUGCUCCAGUAGGUAAUCUCGUGUGUUUUUUUUUGUGAAAGGGAGGGUGCUAGAUAUGGGCAUUGUGGAAUUCAGUGCAAGAGUUUGAGAUGUGCGGUUGUGGCAUUGUGGAAUUCAGUGCAAGAGUUUGAGAUGUGCGGUUGCUAUUUAUUGAUUUGUUUGAUGUGUGUGUGUGUGUGUGUGUUGUGUUUUCGUGCCCAAUAAGUAACAUCCGAAUGCCCUG